ACACACACACACACACACACACACACACACACACACACACACACACACACACACACACACACGUGCGCACUGGUCCAUGCGUCAAACAAUCCUCGGUCACUCCACCUGCAUGAUCCAGGUGAGUGCUUAAUGUAAGCAAGGGCUGUGGGUGUGGUGACAUUUUCCUGGUCUGGAUGUGCAGAGCUGCAUAUAUGCCUGCGCCGAACGGACGGAUUGACGCAAAGCAGCGGAGCAGCAGCGGCAGCGCGUCCUCCUGUCAUCUCUGUCAUCUCUGUCGUCAGGUCCACAGGGGGUUUGCUUUGAGUCUGCAGGAUGAGCUUCAAAAACAUGAGGGAGUACUUGGCUUGGCUCUACUACCAGUACCUGCUCAUCACUGGCAUCUACGUCCUGGAACCGUGGGAAAAGUCCAUCUUUAACUCUAUUUUUUUCGCGGCCAUCGCCAUGGUCAUCUACACGUCAUACGUGUUUGUACCCAUCCACGUGCGUCUGGCGCUGGAGUUUUUCUUGGGGAUCUUUGGCGGCCAAACCGAGAGCACCGUGGCACUCAUGAACUAAGACCAAAAAAGAAAAAAAUGGAAGAAGGGACAUUUGUGAGUCUCUCAAUCAUUUCAUGUAGCUUAACCCUUUAGCUUCCUUUGAGAACCACAGUCAGGCCAGUACACAAAGACUGAAAGCAUGAAGAUUUCACUGGGAUUGUCUGGAAAUCUGAGUCUUAGCUUUUACAUCCCACAACCUCUGGCCUUACCCUGUGGUGUUACACAACAGUACUUCAAUUUCCCACCCUGAUUGUGAAACAUUUGUACAUGUCCUGUAUGAAUGCGUACCUCCUCCAGGUUUUGCAUGAUAGGAUCAUGCAUGCAUGCUUAUCUCACUAUAAAACACUACUACAUUCUUUCCUCUGUGUAAUUUUUAUACUACAAACUUCAGAGGGUCGUUGCAGCGUUUCAUAUUUGACAGGAGCUAGAGCAGGUGUCUCCAACCAGUGGCUCAUGAGCUACCAGUAGCUCUUGGGCUCAUUUAAAGAAGCUCUUCAGUGCUUAUGAAAAAUUUGGAGAAGCAAAAUUUAAUUUAUCACUGGCCAAACAAACUUUCAUUUAACUCCAACCAAUCUAUAGAUGUCCCUUCCCUUUGGUUGUCAAUCAAAUGGUUUUGGGCUCAGUAUGGUCGAUCGGCAAACAACGUGCGGUUAUGUGGUUAUUUGGUAUUCAUUUUUGCACACACUUUUCAUAGCCCCUUGACACGCACUGUGCCAAGCUCCUGGGAAACCCCUCCUGCUGUGGUAUAUGUCACUACAGGG